GUCAAUAAGUUAGUUUGAGUGAAGUGAGUCGUUAUAACAUCUCAAUCAAAUUCCCAAACCCAAAUUCCUUAAAAUCUAAGCAAUUUCAUUACUUAAUUUUAAUCAAAUUUUUAACAAAACUCUCUUUUUCUUCCCAUAAACCACAGAUCCAUAGUUUCUUCUUUCUCUCUCUCUCAUUUUCUCGAGAAAGUGAGGGAAAACGAUGGAGAAAAUGAACAAAGCUUUCGAGAAAGUGAAAAUAAUGGUGGGAAUGGAAGUGGAAGACGAAGAGGCACAAGCUGCUGCAUUGGAAAACGAAAGCUCCUUUGCUUUCAUGGAUGAUUUCAACCGCAACUGUACUCUGUCGAGAACACAGAGACUAUAUGGUUUUGCCAUAUGCUUUGCUGCUGGAGUAACCUGUACACUAUUGUCUAUGCUUGUUUUUCUCAAACCAAUAAAGUUUGGAAUAACAUUCACUCUUGGCAAUUUGCUUUCACUUGGAAGCACAGCAUUCCUCAUAGGUCCUAAAAGGCAAGUAUCGAUGAUGCUUGAUCCUGUUCGUAUUUAUGCAACAGCCAUAUACAUCGCAAGUAUGAUAAUUGCCUUGUUUUGUGCACUUUAUGUUCAUAACAAAUUACUGACAUUUCUUGCGAUUAUCUUGGAGUUUGGGGCACUAGUUUGGUAUAGCUUGAGCUACAUCCCUUUUGCGAGGUCCAUGGUUUCAAAGAUCAUGGUUUCAUGUUUUGACACCGAAUUUUAGGUUACUCAUUCAAAAGGCUAUAGCAUUCUAUGUUGAACUGCAUUGAUGAUACUGAGUAUACUUGCAAUCCUGAAGAAAUACUGUCGUAGAAAUACGAAUGGAUGGAUUUGAUUCAACCUUGCCUGCCCCUUUCCUUUUCUGGAGUCUUGUCUAGGUUCUAUUUGUUUGGUAGAAGUAAAAUCUUGUGCAUUUGUAUAAUGUUGUCGAUUAGCUAAUGUAAAGAGUUUUGUUUCUCUCGACCUCAUGUCCUUUCUUUGCUCUUUUUUCCUUUAAGUUGUUUUCAAAUGAUGAAAUCCCAGUGGUGCUCUCGACUGUGUCUGGAAUAGGACUUUUUUAGAAAAAUAAAAAAUAAAAUGAACUAAACUGAACCAAAACAUAUCGAAAAGAACUGAAUUGUGACGAGAAGUUCACAAAGAGAACUAGAUCAAAUUGUGAACAAUCCGUAACAGUUGAAUUCUUUUUGGUGCAGUUCAGUUUGUUUUAACGGUUCAAUUCUGUUAUGAUUAUUUUAACCAUUAUAAUACCUGGUUUUGGUUUGAUUUUUGUUAUUUUUAACAGUACAUUACUUAAUAAUGGCAACUUGUAUGGUUUGGUUCACAGAAUCAAUUUGAUUUGAAAAGGUACAAUUCAGGUUUCUGUAAAGGUAGUUUCAAUUCA